UUUUUUUUUUUUUUUUUUUUUGACCCUCUGCUUCUAAAAUAGACGUUGCUUAGCAGGCAGCUGACUUUUUACAGCAGGAGAAAGUGUUCUCUUUUUCUUUUUCAGGAUUUUUUCAUGUUUGUCAUUUCUGCAUUUACCUGGUUUUAAUCUCUCUCCCUCCUGCAUCCCUACCUCACCCCACAGCCAAAUCUUUCCUACUGUCAAACUCUUUUGCCACAAACAAAAAUAGCUUCAGAGUUUUCAUUUGUAAAGCACCCAUGUCCUAGUAAAGCCGUGGUAUGGGAGGCGUAUGCGGUGCCAUUGGCUGGAAAUGGGGCCGCACUAUAGCGCCUGUUGCAGGGUUCAUACCCAGGCCAGCUCUGAGAGGCACUGGUGCUGUUAGGGGUGAGUGUUGCAGCAGGAACCUGUAAAAGUCCUGUUUAAGCCAGGUCAUCCCUGCAGGGUUGUUGGGUGGGCGUGGCUGGUAUGGACUUGAGGUUGUUGUCUGAUAGACGAUAGUCCUCUUCCAAACCGAGGUGUGUACAUGUAUGUCCAUGUAUGCACAUAUGCACAUGUGCACAGAAAGCAGUAAAGGGGUAAUUGCUAUUUUCUUGGCACUCUAAACCUGAACGAUAGGUUCUGAAUCUCCGGAGAUGAUCUGGUACUUGCAUGGGCCUUCUUGAAAAAAGACUGCCCUGGAUUAUUGUACAGGGUAAAAGUUUGCCCUUGGGACAAGAGACUUUAGGAUAGAUAGGGAGAGGAUUAACGUUGCCUCGCUCUGAGCUUUCAAUUACCCAUCAGAAAGCAGUUUGUGAAUUGCUCAUGGCCUUAGAAGAGUUGACUCAGAGUUGGAGCUGAGGGCAUGGAGCUCAGCUUGCAAAGUCAGGCAGCUGGCAAUGGGAUCCCAGAGUCCAAGGGGCAGUACUGGGAGACUGACAGGAGAGAAGGGCAUUGUCUUCUCGGAGCCAUGUGUCUGGCUAACAAGGCUCUUCCCGAGUAGGUCCUGAUUCAGCAGUCUCUUAAUCUUUGCCAUUUGAACCCCUGCCAGCGCCCAUCUUAGAUACAGCAGAGGUAUUAGGGGUCAUGAGUCAAAGGGCCAGGAGGGGCUGGAGGCCCAGUUCUUUUCUUUUCUAGGAGGGUGAGUGGGUUUCUGUGGGUAGGCUGAACCUUAGAUUGCUUUGGGUUCCAAGUGAUGCAGGUUGUGUGCCCUGUUCUGGGCACCAGCCUCAUCAGGAAUUCCCAGAACUCCCUCUGCUGAGAUGAGGCUCAGGCUAAUUGUAUCCCCACAGCAACCAACCCAGAUGCUCCACUUCCCGCUCUGCAUGGGCAGCCAUCACAAGGCAGUUUCGGAGAGACUGGAGCUGUGGUCUCUGUGUCCUGGAUCCAGGAGAAUGACUAGAACCAAUGGGUCCUCUGUCACUUUCUUCUCUGUCACUUUCUUUCCUAGCUCCUUCAUUUUACAGAUGAGGAUUCUGCAACCCAGUAAGUUAGCAGUGGCUUGCUUCCAAAAGUUCAGGAUAGAUAGUACCAAAACAGACUGAAGGGUCCCCAGAGCCCGUGCUCUCAGCUUCCUGCUUCCGUGGGAGCAUCAGGAUUGGGCUGCACCUAGUUCAGGAAAGCCAUUGGCAGUGAGUCAGACAAGGUCUGAGUUGAAAAAUGUCCAUAUAUAUUGACUUAGCCACUUCGAAGGAACCUUCUAAGGCUUGGGCAGUUUUUUGUUUUUUUGUUUUUGUUUUUUUCCUGUCACCAAUAGGUAGAAACAUCAUAGGAUUUUUUUUCUGGGAAAUAAAUUAAUGUUUUGUGAUAUGCAAACGUGCCUUGGACAAUGCCCAGAGCUUUGUCAGUGCUCAGGAAACAUGAUUUGAGUCAGAAUUGAAGUGAUCUAUACCUAGUGUAUGGCUGUUUGUUUCCCAGACCCCCCGCCCCUUGGAACCCUAGCUAAGUAUAUGAUGAGGGACAGGAAUAUCUGGUCCAAAGAAAACCUGUUUCCUUGUAAGGGCGAGUGCUUGAAGACAACUACACGAUGCAGGGCGUGUUCCCGAAGCUUCUCUCAGUGGUGUGUGGGUUACUUGCUGUUGUGGAUGGAUAGUCUCCACUCUCUUCAGUUCUCUCAGUUCCUAUAGUCAAGAGCGCAUCAGGUCCGUGCUGUUUGUCUAUCCUCUAAGCAGUGACACCUAUAGGAAAUGUCACUGUCAUUCUUGUCUUCUGUGGCAUCUGAACAACCUCCUUUACUAAAGGAAGAGAGGUUCUUAUGAAAACUUUCCCCUAGCAUGCAGGUGGGGAAGCUGAAGCAGAGAUCAACUCCUUGAGGACACUUAACUGAGACUACAGUCAGUUCUCCGGUCUUGAUUCUUUGGGAUUCUGACUGAACUCCUCAGAGUUUAGUUUAGAAAGAGAAUAGCCAUCUCUGACAAACCUCAGGAGACAGCAGCAAGGCACAGGGUUGAACUAAUAGAGAGCAAGCAGCAUCUAUAAAAUAGUGCUUCUGGCUCCAGCACCUCCUCAAGCAUCAUAGCACUAUCGCUACUCAACAGGCUGGAUUACUCCUGUAAUCCAAGCCUGACGUGGCAGGUGCUAGGGAAGAAAGGCAGAGUGCAGAGACCAUAAAAGAAGAAGAGUCUGUGGGAGAGAAGAACACAUCGCUGAGAACAGAGGCAUCCAGGUAGAAAAAUCCCAGUAGCAGCUCAGGAGAAGACGAAUCAGAAAGCAGGAAAAGUGGUGCUCCUGGAGAAAUGAAGGCCAAAACUUACCACAAGUCUCUGUGGAGUAAAAAACCACCCAACAACCACAACCAGACUAACAAACAACACAACAAACUCCAGAAGUCACCUCUGCCUCAGUGACUUCAAUACAGAAAUAAACCAAGGAAUCACUGAACUAACCAACUCCAAGCUGGUGUGUACAGUGUCAGAGCAGCUACCAGCCCAAAAGCUGGAGUCACCAUGGCGGCAGGAGUUGCAGCCUGGCUGCCUUUUGCCCGGGCUGCGGCCAUUGGAUGGAUGCCAGUGGCCAACUGCCCCAUGCCCCUAGCUCCAGCGGACAAGAACAAGCGGCAAGACGAGCUGAUCGUCCUCAACGUAAGUGGACGACGGUUCCAGACCUGGAGGACCACUCUGGAGCGCUAUCCCGACACCUUGCUGGGUAGCACAGAGAAGGAGUUCUUCUUCAAUGAGGACACGAAGGAGUACUUCUUUGACCGUGACCCGGAAGUGUUCCGUUGUGUGCUUAACUUCUACCGCACCGGGAAGCUGCACUACCCACGCUAUGAAUGCAUCUCUGCCUACGACGAUGAACUGGCCUUCUAUGGCAUCCUCCCCGAGAUCAUCGGAGACUGCUGCUACGAGGAGUACAAAGACCGCAAGCGGGAGAAUGCGGAGCGGCUCAUGGAUGACAAUGACUCUGAAAACAACCAGGAGUCCAUGCCCUCUCUCAGCUUCCGUCAGACCAUGUGGCGGGCCUUCGAGAACCCACACACCAGCACCCUGGCACUGGUCUUCUACUAUGUGACUGGCUUCUUCAUUGCCGUCUCGGUCAUCACCAAUGUGGUGGAGACGGUGCCUUGCGGCACCGUGCCUGGGAGCAAGGAGCUGCCGUGUGGAGAGCGCUAUUCGGUGGCUUUCUUUUGCCUGGACACUGCCUGUGUAAUGAUCUUCACAGUGGAGUACCUCCUCCGACUCUUUGCGGCACCCAGCAGAUACCGCUUCAUCCGCAGUGUGAUGAGCAUUAUCGACGUUGUGGCCAUCAUGCCCUAUUACAUUGGCCUGGUCAUGACCAACAAUGAGGACGUGUCUGGGGCAUUUGUCACACUCCGGGUCUUCCGUGUCUUCAGGAUCUUCAAGUUCUCCCGACAUUCCCAGGGUCUACGGAUCCUGGGCUACACCCUGAAGAGCUGUGCCUCAGAACUGGGCUUUCUUCUCUUCUCCCUUACCAUGGCCAUCAUCAUCUUUGCCACUGUGAUGUUUUAUGCUGAGAAGGGCUCCUCUGCCAGCAAGUUCACAAGCAUCCCUGCAUCUUUCUGGUACACCAUAGUCACCAUGACUACACUGGGAUAUGGAGACAUGGUGCCUAAGACAAUCGCAGGGAAGAUAUUUGGCUCCAUCUGCUCCCUCAGCGGUGUCCUGGUCAUUGCCCUGCCGGUCCCUGUGAUAGUCUCCAACUUUAGCAGGAUCUACCACCAGAAUCAGAGAGCAGAUAAACGCAGGGCACAAAAGAAGGCCCGCCUUGCCAGGAUCCGGGUGGCCAAAACGGGAAGCUCCAAUGCCUACCUGCACAGCAAGCGCAAUGGGCUCCUCAAUGAGGCCCUGGAGCUGACGGGCACCCCAGAAGAGGAGCAGAUGGGCAAGACCACCUCACUCAUCGAGAGCCAGCACCACCACCUGCUACACUGCUUAGAAAAGACCACUGGGUUAUCCUAUCUUGUGGAUGAUCCCCUGUUAUCUGUACGAACCUCCACCAUCAAGAACCAUGAGUUUAUUGAUGAGCAGAUGUUUGAGCAGAACUGCAUGGAGAGCUCGAUGCAGAACUACCCCUCCACCAGAAGUCCUUCUCUGUCCAGCCACUCGGGCCUCACCACCACCUGCUGCUCCCGUCGUAGCAAGAAGACCACACACCUGCCCAACUCUAACCUGCCUGCCACCCGCCUGCGCAGCAUGCAGGAGCUCAGCACGCUCCACAUCCAGGGCAGCGAGCAGCCCUCCCUCACCACCAGUCGCUCCAGCCUUAAUUUGAAAGCAGACGAUGGACUGAGACCAAACUGCAAAACAUCCCAGAUUACCACGGCCAUCAUCAGCAUCCCCACCCCCCCAGCUCUGACCCCCGAGGGAGAAAGUCGGCCACCCCCUGCCAGCCCAGGCCCCAACACGAACAUUCCUUCCAUAACCAGCAAUGUCGUCAAGGUCUCUGCCUUGUAAACACACUGGACAGAGGGCCUGAGGGGGUAGUGGGGAGUAAAAGGGGCUGGCAUGUUGGUGAGUGGCCACUGGGACCACUCCCUCCCACUAUUUCUGGCCGCCCCGUUGCACCCCUAGCACUGAGACUUGUGCCUGGAAGGGAAAGGAAGCAGCAAAGGGUACCCAAGGAUCCUGCUGCUGGUGUGGACACAGCCCUGUGACAUUGCAUCUUACUGGGGCCAGAGGAAAGGAGGGGGUGGGUAGGGGAUUGGCAUUAGGGGGUGCAGGCUGCUUGCCUGGACAGGGCCUGGUGGGGAUACCUCAGACCAAAAAACAGUUGUUUCUGGAAACCCCAGUGAGGAAAACACAAGACCAAGAGCUGCCCAGAGGCCGAGUCAUCACAUGCAAACAGGAAGAAAAUAUAACACUGUGUAUUUAAGCACCUUUUUCAAGGAUCUUAAUGGAUAAUAUUUAUUCAUGGGAAAAGGUGGAAAACAAAAUCAUCAAUGGAUUUUUGUGAAAUGUUUUUCUCCACGGACCCAACACCUUUAAACCAAAACAAUGCAUUUUGUGAGGUUGGUUUUUAUUUUUCUUCUUUUAUAGCAAAAGCUUUUAGACUCAAAGUCAGUUACUGCUGAGUUCUCUCCCCAUUCCCUGGAUGAGUGUGGUUCCCUUAGCCGGGCCCUCACUGCCCAACUGACCUGCACAGAACUGUCAAGCAACCACACAGCAAACCUUCUGCUCCGUUGGUCCGUCUCCUUUGUCUCUGUACCUAUCUGCUUCACCUUGGCUGUUUUCUGUGUCCAACCAUCUGUCUCAUCAUGGACAGUAAAUCCUUCUCUGUCACUGCCAAGGACUGCAGACUUGUGCCUGGAGUCAGGCUGAGUGAAUGCUAAUACAGAAAAGAAAGGAAGGCAAGUGGGCUGAGUUAAAGGGUGAGGUAAGUCUAUAUUAUGAACAGAGGUGCUUCCAUUUUGAUUGGAACCACUCAUCUUUGCAGUUUGGGUCAGGGUGGUGGUCACAUUUACCACAUUGGGUCUUGAAAAUGAAAUCAGCAACCUCAGAAAGCAGUUGUUUCUGCUGUGCCCCGGUGAAGACAGAAGCACCAGGAAACUGCCACAGCUCCGGAGCACCUUGCUAUGCGCCCUCCUUUAGGAUCCACCAGGAAGGCCGUGUGGAGCUCUGCCAGGAUGCUCCAUGAGCAUCUUCAAGUGAGGAGGAUGGGAGGAGACCCUGGCUUACCGCCCAAGGCAGUUAGUUCCUACACAGAAGCUGAGAAGGUUAAGCCUGUGUACCUCAUGAAGGAUGUUUCAAAACAAGAAAGCAAGCAAGAGGCUCUAGAUGAUCAUUGUCUGGUCAGAAAGAUGCCUUGAGGUCUGAGCCAUCUUCAGCCCUCAUCUCCGAAGAUAGCGGAUGGGUGGUGCCACUGAUGACCUCCAUGCAAAUGAGGAAGUGGAGAUUACUUCUUGAAAAUGUGGAUACGUUGGUUCAAGUUGUUUGCACGGUAGUGGGCCUGGGAAAAGUGUUUCUGGAAUCUUCCUAAUCAUUUUCACCACUUAACAGCAGAGCAAGUGAGCCUCAGGGUUAGUGACGAGCCCUUUCCUGCCCUUCUCAACCCCAAAUACUCUACUGCAGUCUCUGAAGCCUGGGAUCUGAGACACAGGAGCUGCUUAGGAAUGUAUCCAUUCUACAGCUCCAUUUAAAAUACAGAUAAGCUGUUCAUUUGCAUGUCAAAAUCUCCCUGCCCACUACCAUCUAGAUGAGUUUUAACUAGCCAGCAACCUGAAGGGACUUCCGGGGUCCAGCUCUAGUGACCCUGUAUGCAGAGGAGCCCAGAUGUUUUGAGGAGGUACCAAACCAGAGAGUGGCUAGAAGGGUGGAAGAAAGGGGCCCUUCCUUCUAUCUUUGUCUCCCUGUCUUCAUCCUCAGUGGCCCCUGACAGCCCUUUCUCCUAUAUCUGGCCUCAGGAUUUCUCCCCUUAUAGGAAUGGAGUGGUUCUUCCAAUCUAGUAACUCUAUACAUAUAUUUUAUUGGCCAAGGAGUAGAGCCAAGCUAGACCCAAUUUUAGCAGGUAGUCCAAGAAGUAGAAAAGGGUCUUCCCUUUGAAAGAAUGAAUUAUGGAACAAAGGAAUGUCUAGGUGCAUGAUAAGACCUAAGAACUGAGUGGAAUAAAGCUAGAGUUUAAAAGGAACACUUGCAUUCUCAUGCAAACCACCAUUCUAUUUCAGAACAAGUCAUUAGAGAGUUAGAAUAAUGACUGCUUCAACAGAGGAUCUCCAUGUUACUUGGGACAGUGCACCAACACAGCAUAGUAUGGUUCUCAUGAAAAGAAAUACAUUUUAAAGACUGUUCCCCCACAAAUUCCAUUUUUUAUUGACUUCAGUGAACUGAAUGCUUGUGCUGUUUCUGUUUCAUUUCCAAAGUCCACAUCAUGCCAGUUCCUAAAAAUAAUCAUUAGACUGUCUGCAUUUUCAUUCCCCCAUUUGAGUCUGAGGAAGAGAUAAGGAACCCAACUCACCUGUGCUCAAAGAUACCAACCCAAGAAAACAGCCCACAGCCAGAUCUGCUCAAGGGUAUUGAUGGGGAAGCACAGGGGCAAACAUGUGCUGGAUCGCCUUAGCAAAUCUGAUUCAUCGGCUAGUUAAGUGAACAACCAGGGUAUCAGAUUCUUCUGAAGACCAAUAGCUCUCUGGUGCAAUGACUCGUGGUAUUCAAACCAUGCUAGGGUAUCAGUAAAUUCUCCACUCCACCACUCUUUUCAACCUUACUUAGCACUGGGGGAGAAGGUAUCAAAAGGACAAAAAGACUAAGACUACACUCAAGUAAUAAGUAGAAAUAACUUGGAAAAUAUAUUGAGCAUGCCAGAGAAGAUUAAAGACUGUCUAAUUCAUUUUAAAGUGUGGAAAUCUGAGGUCCAGAGAACUUGACUCCCUCCCUCAAGGCAAUGUCGUUUAAGGAUAGAAUAGGGACCGGAGCACAAGACUCUUGGCUACUUGUCUGAUGUGGCUUGGGUAUUUUGGGGUUUGGUUUGGUUUGGUUUUGGGGUUUUCCAUCACACCUUUUGCCUCACAGAGUUACUACUCUAUUGGAGAAGAACCAUCAAAGAUGCCAUGUCAUAAGGAAAUACUCGUGUGUAAAUGUCAACAGAACUUGAUGUAGCUCUUGGAAAUCACCUGACUGUGCUAAUACAAAUUAUAGAUGUUGAAGCCACCGUGUAGAACCAGCUGUGGGUGAUCAAUUCUGUAAGUAGAUGAACAAGGGAAUGCCCAAGAUUUUUCAGGCAAUUGUUUGACUAUCUCGAUGAGGAGGAGGCUUGAACAAUGACAUUUCAAAGCAUACUAUGGGCUCUCACUACCAUCUGUGAAGGUAGUCACCUUAGUAAAUUUUUGACUCAGAAGAAAUGGGCACCAAGAAGCUAGAUGCCUCACUCAAGGUUUCAUGCCAAGUGGAUGGCAGAAUUAUGAUUUGAUCCAGGACUUAGCGUGUCCUGGAGUGUCUUCUAGGUCCUGCUCCAUGGCUCGAAGACUUGCUCAUAUUUUUAAAAGCUGGAUGCCAAGACCGCUGAUUAGAGAAAGGAAGCAUUCGUGAAGUAGCAGGACCUCCUGGAAUAGACCCUUCCCACAUUUCCUAACUAGUCUCAAGCUCAGGACUAACUGUACAGAACCUCUUUCAAAAGACCAGUAGAUAGUCUCAACAGUUGAACAUUAUUAUUAGUUUAUGACCACAUAAUUUGAUCAGAUGUUAAGGAAGUGGUAAAUGAUGAUCCCUGGUUGACAGAAGUCACAUACAGAACUGCUGAGGACUUUAUACAGUUGUUUUCUCUGCAGUUCAGGAUCAUGUCAUUUUCUUGUCAGAAAGCAAGUAGGGAAAGUACCUGGGAGCAUUAUAUGCCUAGAUCAUUUUCCUUGUCUUUUUAAAAAUAGCAGUAGUGACUGAAAUUGAGCUAGCAUUAGAUUUGAAGCUGUUAAUGAAUUCUAGUGAUUCAGGCUCCCUCACUUCAGAUACUAGGUAACUAAGUAAGGCAGAAGGAUCCCAAUACUGUUCAUUUGAAGUAAUAGUUUCCCUUUCAUGCUAGCUGGCAUGGUAACCACCAUAAGAGGAACAGGAAAAACUUUUAUUUUUCCUCUGAUUUCCUAAUGAAUUCUCAUUACUUGCAAAGCUUUAAAAUGAUGGGAAAAAGGAAAAGUAUUGUCAUGACCCAUGACACUUAGAGCCCAAACAGCAUCAUGAAAAGCAUUAGAAUCGAGGGACAGUGGCUUUGAAAAAUGAAACGGCUUUUUAAAGGGGUUCCUUGUGGGUCUUGUUUUUUAUUCAGGAUAUUCUACGUUUUCUCAUCAACUGUUGGAAUGACUUUUAUCUCAGCAGGUUAUUUAAACUAUGCUGGCUGAUGACACGUUAGCCAGUGCAGGGCACAGACCCAAGUCCUAGGGGACUCCUUGGACCAAUGGACUAUUUUACAAACCAGGGAGGUGGGAGGGAUGGUAUAUUUUUGAUAACCAGACAUUCCAAUGUUUUCCUUAGAGGUCAUGCGCUCCCAUUAAUGUUCCUGUGGAAAACAUCAAGUGUGUUCUUUUCUAUUUUCGUAUACUUAUUGGGCUUUGCUUACCACCAUUACAAUGGCAAAGAAAUACACUGUAUAAAACUGCAGGAAGACAAAUGUGAAAACUUUCUGUGGGGAAAAAAGCUCUUAAGUUUGUCUUCUUUUGAAAUUGUAGUGCAAAUGUUAUAACAUGUAUAUCAUUUACAGUACUGAGUCCUGUGCCACUGCUGUACCUGAUGUAUCCAAUCUGGAUUAAACAAAUUACGUGCCACAA